GGAGCACCCUCCGUGAGCAGAUAGCCCAGAUGUAUGCUCUUUUGUGAGUAAUUGGUAGGUCCAAUAGACAUGAAGUCACUUAAGUCUCCAUACAUAAUCAAAAUCCCCGCUGCAAGAAGCGCCAAUACUUUACACUGCUACAACCAACAACAAUCUUCUUCUCCACAACAAUCAACAUGUCUCGCGAAUUGAUCUCCUCCGCCGAAUUCCCACCCAAACCUCACAACUGUCCUGCUGUCAAGGUCCCCGGCCUCGUCUUCGUAGCCGGCCAAACCUCCGCCGACCCCGACAUCAAAAAAGCCACCCUCACCGUCCUUCAAAAUCUAAAGAAAGUUCUCGAACUCGCCGGCAGCAGUUUAGAACAAGUUGUAAAGUACAAUGUCUACCUCGCAGAUAUGAAAGAUUUUGCAGCGAUGAAUGAGGUGUAUAUUGAGUUCUUGCCAAAGAACCCUCCGGCGAGGACCUGUAUUGCUGCUGCUGCUUUGCCGGGCGCGGGGACUAUCGUGGAGAUUGAAUGUAUUGCUCAGGCUUAGAGUCUAUGAAUGAGAAUUGCACACAACG